AGUGCGGCGCUCACGUGGUUCCUGCCGGGAGCCGCCGCGGCGCCAGAGACGUGCUGUCCGGUGCCGACCUGAGCCGAGCCGAGCCGGGCCGGGCCGGGCUGAACCGAGCCGGGCCCGGCCGCCAUGGACCCGCUGCGGGCCCAGCAGCUGGCGGCCGAGCUGGAGGUUGACAUGAUGGCCGACAUGUACAACCGGAUGACGCAGGCGUGCCACCGAAAGUGCGUCCCCCCCUACUACAAGGACGCAGAGCUGUCGAAGGGGGAGAGCGUGUGCCUGGACCGCUGCGUGGCCAAGUACCUGGAGGUCCAUGAGAGGAUGGGCAAGAAGCUGACGGAGCUGUCGCUGCAGGAUGAGGAGCUCCUCAAGCGCAUGCAGCAGGGCACUGGCACGGCCUGACUGCCCCGGCCCCCCUGCUCCCUCUCACCCCAAUAAACUGGAUGCAUUGGGCCA